UCGAUAUUUGCUAGUGGUCUCAGGUUUAUAUAAAUAUAAUAAUGGAAGAAUAUUCCCAAUUGAAAACUACUUCCUUAUCGGCAGAAAGAACGUUAAAUAGGAUAAAUAUGUAACAUGAAUUUGGAAAAAAGAAAUGUAAAUCAGUAUUCAAUUUAAAGAAAGAUAUUGGAACACAUCCAUGUGACAGAUUGAACAAUAUUUCUUACUUCUUUGACAAAUGGGAAAUAUAUUUGAAAGCAGAAAAUCCACUUCGACGUGGUUUCAAAAUGGAGAAAUUAAAACAGAUGGAAAAUUAGCGCAAACAGAAGACUCGCUAAGUGGAUAUAAAGUUUUACCAUCGCAAACAACCGAAUGUCUCCAAGAUGAAAUCAUACAAACAGAGAAGAUAGUGGCAGUCAUAGAAAUUGCAGAAACGUUCACAAGACACCUACUCCAGUACACCGCUCAAGGAAAUGAAAUUCCAUUUGAAAUGAUAUCUGAAAAGCAUCCUUAUUGUUUUGAACGAGCAACCAAUCGGACUGUUACUACAUUCGGCAAAGAAGCUAUGUCAAAAUACUCCAAAUUAACGGAACGCGAAAAACAUCGUUUCUCCUACAUUGAAAACAUCAGCAAGCGAACAAACAUUGAAACAGUUCUGAGUUAUAGUUUCACUUUCCACCGCUUGGAAAUACAAAGGCACCUUGAAAACAUAGAUGAGGAGGAGACAAACAAAGACUACAAACGAAUUAUUGUAUUGCCAAAACAUACAACCAAACAAUUCAUAUUAAAAGUAAAGGAAGCUGCGUCUCAACAUGGGCACAGAAACUAUGUUGUUGGUAUCUCUGAUGCUCUAGCUUCUUUCUUCAAAUCAAAUGUUAUGAAUGAGGAAUACAUAAUCUCAAACAGACAGCUACCGAAAGAAGUUGAUAGUUUUGCACUGGCUUAUAUUGACUAUACAUCGGGGCAAGUAGAAAUGUCUUUGUACAGUAAUGCCUCUGAAACAAUUUGUAGCCAAAGCAGAGAAAGAAUAGAUCUUAUUUCUCAAGACAAUUUAAAGUGUUUUUUACAAGAACUGUUUGGAAGAGAGUUUUGGGUCAAGUACAAGAUGGCGUAUCCAGAUAAUGUCAAGAGUUUUAAUCACUCAAUUGGCAUUGAUUUUAAGAAAAACAUUUACAUCGUUGGUGACAAAUUUGUAUUAGAGUAUUGCCAUUUGUUUUUUGAGGCUGAGAAGUAUUACAUGAUGAGUGUAAACGCAAUUGUAACUAGAUCGAAAUUCAAAGAGUUCGCGGUGUUUGAUGAGGAAACAUCCACACUUGUUUUGUCUGUAAGCGCAGUGAACCAUUUCAAUGUAAGAAAAACACUAACAAAAUUCUUGGAAAAUAAAUACAGCCAGAAUUAUUCACCUUUAAUCAUAACAAGUGAUCAAAGUGUAGAUCCAAUCUUUCAAGAUGAUCUACAACAAGCUCUUAGUGGUGUCAAAAGUGGCUUGUUUCGAAUGUUGACACACAAAGAGAAUAAAUGGAGUUAUUUAACCGUAACGUUUGGGGUUGCAACCUUUGAUGACUUGAGCUACAAUAAUUUACCAUUUUUUUGUCAUUUAGACAAAAAAGAGCACUACAUUUGCUUUGAUACCGAUAAGAAAAAGAAGACCAAGAUAUGGUGUUUUAAGAGCCUACCUAAAAAGAGUCCGAUCGAGAUAUCACCAAAGAUAAUCUGGACUGAAUUAGCUACGUUCUAUUCCUCAAGACGGAAAGCAGCUAAACACCAAUCACUUAUAUUUAGGUCUCAUUCUAGUUAUCCGAGGUAUAUCAAUGAGGAAGGAUGUGAAGUAGCCGCCACAAUACAUGUCAACCCUCCACCGGAAGGCUGGCCAGAUGAAGUAGAGUUCGAGUAUACACUUACGAGCACAAAAAAGGGUCCGCUGAUUGAAGUUACUGAUUUGAAGUCAGGAGUCCAACACAUGGCUAAACUCAUUGAAUCAAGAAUCAAUGAAAGCAUCGUUUACCUACGUGAUCCCAGUAGAUCAGUACUUAAAGGAGCUAUUUCGUUGGGAUUAAACACAAAUGGCAUAAGUUUAUUAAAAAUCGCCAACUCUUCGUACAGUGUAAACUAUAUUCCAGAUAUCAAGACCAUGAAGACACGAGACCAGUUGAAGCUACAAUACAUGCAUGGUACUGUUAUGACAAAUGGUGUGGACCAUGAGUUGAUAAAGAUGGGCCAACUGCUUCACCAUGGACAGAUAUUCUCCUGGGAUGUCCUAGAAAAUUGCGUACCUGAUGAUUUUGUAGGUGCGAAGGGGUCGUAUUUUGAACUGCUUUGGAAAGGUACUGGAAUAUAGUGGAACUUACAUUAAAACACAUGGAGUAUCACUGGACUUCAACAAACAUGUUCUGCUCCUGCCGGUCCGUUUGUUUUGUGGUGACCUUUAAUUAUUUAAAAAAAAGUUGUAUAUCACUCGCAUAUUUCAUUGUAAAGUCAUGUUGUGUAUAAUUAAAUCUGUUUCCAGUGGUUUAGCCUUCAUUCUAACAGCAGGCAUGAGCUAGCUUAUAUAUGUCCAGAGCCUGCUUCUCUAGAUGGCUGGUACGAGUGGGUUGACUGGGAAGUCCAGUUGAUUGUGGAAGACAUUGGCUUUACAUUUAAAGUGAUCAACAAAAACACGGGAGGAGAGACGAUAGAGUACAUACCGACCCUAUGAGAUGUAUAGUAUUACCUUUUGACAAUGGGACAAGUACAAUAGUUCUGUACUUAUCAAUUAAACAUAAAUAAUGUUCAUUUUUUACUUUUUAAUUAAUGAAACAAUUACAAGUUAUACUGGAUGAGCAUAUUAAACAUUAUACAGAGGAGAAAGGGAGUUUUUUAUUGUGAAGAUAAAGUACGUAUCAACCUGAGUGACCUCAGGCAUUUCCACUUACACACAUUAAGACUGUUUGUAUGAAGCCUUAUUUCGUAAUCUGACCUCGAAGCUAAAUUGAUUUGUUAAAAUCCAUGGCUUGCGUUGUAUUUUCAGGACAUAAAAUACUUGUAGGUGGCUGUCUUAAAGGGUCUGUCAAAUGCCUGCCCGAUCCAUUGUCUUAGUACAUUUCCCCUAGUUGUUGCCACCUGCGUCAGGGUUAAACAUGACAAAGUGCAUAACAAGACAUUGACUAAUGACUCUGUAUUUAAAUAAUCUUCGCUGAACCAUUCGAAAAGGUGCCAGUGUAUAUUGUUGAUGCAGUUUGCUCAAAUUAAGUUGUGAACUUAAAAUGUUUCAGAUGUGACUCGUGGGUUAAAGGCGACUACUCCAAAAAAAACUGUGAAGGCUAGACACAUACCAUGGUAGAGAAGGCAGACGAAUCACACUCGGGCUAUAGUCUAUAUUAUGCCAUGAAAGUCUUCCAUACCUUUGAUGCCUUUAAUUCAGAUCAAUUUCAAUUAAAAUCUAUCCAAUAGGCCUUCAGGACGAAGGACAAAUACACCAUGCAGAAGCCUAAUACAACGUAGAUCAUAACUCAUAUUUGUGAUAAUAACACUGUAACAGAAAUUUUAAAGAAAGCGCCAUCAUAAUUUUGGUGUCUUCAAAUAAAAUGAAAUAAAAUAUGAAAAGCUGAACCCAACUGUGAAAAAAACUGUAUCGAGUCGGAAAAGUUCUGAUAUUCAUGAAAACUUGAUUUUUGUUAUAAUUUUAUUCUUUGUUCUUGACCUUUACUGACUAUAAAAGGCAAUACCAAAGUGGUCACAAGUCUAAGUAGAUACAUGUACUUUCAAAUCAUGUACAUGUACGAGCAAGGCAAAAUGUGAUGGGUGUAAUUAACAGUCAGAAUCAGGUCUAUACUACUUUGUUUCCAAGAUGAGCUACUUUAAUUUGUUACAAAAAGUCCAGCAUGAAUGGAUUAGGUAAUUUGAUAGGUAGUCUGCACUAGAUCAAUGAUGAAGAACCUUCCAUUGUCUAGUAAGUCAAAGCUCCAGGUGACAUGUCGACAUUGUAUAUACGAAGAAUCGUGCAACAGUGUAUAAAGCUUGCCCUACUAAGUAAUUUGUCUAAAUAAGCCUGAUUAGGUCAACAUUAACCAGCGGAAAACUUGAUAUUAUAUUUUUCUGUCGAGAAUCUGCUAGUCAGUUUCCAGUAUUGCAUCACAGCGCUUUGAAGCCAUUUGAUUAACAAAAAUGAAAAGGGAAAUCUAAGAUUCUUUUUGCAAUGUUGAGAAUACUUGACAAUGUCUGCAUGUUGUCUUGAACAAGUAUGAAUAAAGGUCACCUCAGGUCAAAAAUUAGGUCACUA